AUGAAGUUCCUUAGUCCUUUGUUGGGUCUUGCAGCCGCCGCCACCUUGUUCCUUGGAAGUAGCCCCGUGUUCGCCGUCCCUGUGGAAUCAAGCGAAAUCUCCAAUGGAAAUGUUCAAGAUACUACUGCCUUCAACAAGCUCGUUCGUAGGGAAGAAGACAUCUGUUGUGACAUUAAGAACAAAAUGGAAUGCCAUGGCAACUUGUGUGUUGACCAAAAAGUGACCUUUGAAGCCAAUUGUCAAGAUGGAUCCGGAAGGGUAGAAAAGAUCAAGGGUCAUUGGGAUGAAACCUAUGGAGGUUGUAUUGCAGGAUGCGACACCUACUACAUGUCCGAUGAAGGCAAUAUGGGAUUACAGAUGGUGAAAGGCGAUAUGAAGUUUUCUGUUAAAAAUAACAGAAGAGAAUGCCACCUGAACAAUAGCGGAACGCAAAUCGGAACGCAGAGCGUUUGUUGCAAUGAUUAA